UUUUGUUGGGACAGCCGGGGGGCCGCUCUCGCCUGCCGCGCCCCGCUCGCAAAGUGUCGACAUGGCCUUCCAAGGCAUGGACCCAGCGGUUAUCCGCAGCGCCGCGAUGGAGGAGGAGAAGAAGGACCAGCUGAUAGCUUGCUCCAUCGCGGAGGGAUGCGCGCUCUACUGUUCCGAAGACCCCGGGUACGUGGCGCUGUUCGCCGCUGCGGCCUACUUCAACCACUCCUGCGCCCCGAACGCGAGCGUGGAGAGCACCCGCUCGGAGCUGCAGGUGCGCGCCGCGGCGGACAUCCCUCGAGGCACAGAGGUCACAAUCAGCUACCUGCCCUCCGAGCUCCUCGACAGCGCCGAGGGCCGGCGAAGGAGGCUGGACGCUGGCCGGGGCUUCCAUUGCCUCUGCACCAGGUGCAGAGAGGAGGGCCUCGUCGUGGACGAGCCCUGACGGCCACCGCCCUCUGGUUGCGCAGGCCAAAAACGCAGGGGGGGGGGUUCGGGGCUUCCAAGCCAUCAUGUUUCCACG